CAAACAUGCGAUCGGCUCCCGGUUUCACUCCCGUCGGGCCGUCAGACGGCGGAAACGCCACACGGUAGCAGUGAUUCGGCACCGGUGUACGACGGGAAUUAGGCGCCUGCUGUGCCGCGAGCAUUUAAGGUUACAGCGAGCAUUUUACUGGUUAUUGUAUAACUGGUCCCCAUCGCAUUAAAAUAAUAUUUAAAAAAUGUUACAAAAAAAAACUAGGGUAUAGAUAAGAGAGGACAAGCUUCACCAGAUACACAAAUCCACCCAUGCAAAUUAUUUCAGUAUCAGCGUGAAGCUGUUCAAACAGCCCGGGAUGCAAAUAGGUUUUUUAUUUUUUUUUUGCACAUUAUUAGGUUCUCGGCUAUAACGACGACGAAAUACAGAGAUAUUAAGCUUCUGGAGUCAUCUAACGCAGACACCGACAGCCCCCCUCUCAACUUGGGAAAAGCACACUGGGGGCGAUCGCGUUCCCCGGCGAGGCUAUUUGGAAAUGCAUAUUCAUGAUCCUUGACGCCUAGGAAGAAGCGUUUCGCUGAUGGUUGAGUAGCGGACGUGGCCCGUGCGCGUCCCUGCUGCGCAGCGGUGACUUUGGGAGGAGCGGGGCCACGCGUGGGCGGCUGGCGUGCGCGGUGCCGCUCGCCGGGAACGCGGCUGGAGAGCGUGGCCGGUACGUCCCAUGCGUCCUGCACCUUCAAUCUCCCGUUUGCUGAUCGGCCGUUUCGCAGGUUGAUCUGCUCUGUGCUGGGAGGGGGGUUGGGCCACUCUGCACUUUAAGGACACCCCAGCAGACCUUGCCCUGGAACCUCCCUGUGAUCAGCCAUGGUGAAGUAUUUCUUCAAUGAGACGGACAUCAAGAGCGCAUGGGACCAUGUCGUCUGUGCUUUCUGGCAACGCUACCCCAACCCGUUCAGCGCCCACGUGCUGACCGAAGAUGUGGUGUACCGUGAGGUCACCCCGGAUCACCGGCUGCUCUCCCGGCGCCUCCUGACCAAGACCAACCGUCUGCCACGUUGGGCCGAGAGGUUCUUUCCCGCCCACCUGUCGCGUUCCGUCUACGUCGUGGAGGACUCAGUCCUGGACCCAGUCAGCAGGACCAUGACCACGUUCACUUGGAACCUGAACCACACAACGCUGAUGACUGUGGAGGAGCGCUGCAUGUUUCAGGAGAACCAGGAGCGUCCUGCUUGGACCAAGCUCACGAGGGAAGCCUGGAUCUUCUCAGGGGUCUAUGGCUUCUCCAGGGCCAUACAGGAGUUCGGCCUGGCCCGCUUCAAGAGCAACCAGACAAAAGCCAUGAAGGGUCUGGAGCACGCUCUGUCCAACCUGCAAGGAGAGUCCCCCCAGUGGCUGCACAGGGACGCCGUGAAGGAAGCUUCCGGAAAGGCCAAGGGGGCUGCGUUAGCUGCCACUGAAACCGCCAAGAACCUCGCCUCCGCCGCCACGCCCAAGAAGAGCCAGCAGUUUGUGUGACCGGGACAUCCCCUCAGCCGGCACGGGGUGGGGCGCGUCCCCAUCCUUGUGACAUCAUCCCCGGGGCCGCUGUUGCCCCGGUGCUCAGUCCUCCUCCUCCAGCCAAUCACCGCUCCUCUACAGUGCUGUUGGUAGCCCUUAGGGCCCCGCCGCCCUCGGGCUGCACAUUCACUGGGGCUGCGAUCUGAACGGUCCAGAGCCUCGUUGGGUCGUCCCUCAAUAGGCCUGCGGGCCUUUUUGGCUAGCGGAGAUGACCCCAUUCAACAGGAAGGGCAACAUUCAGAAAAACACUUGGGUGUCUUAUCCUUCAGUCUUUUUAUUGCUGACUAACACAUUUUUGUGACAAGAAAUAGCAGCAGUGGCACCCAAUAAGCUAUCGUUCUGUCCUAAGAAUCUGAAUCGUAGCAGCUGUGGCUACAAAGGCUUUAUUUUAUUAUUAAUUUGCACGUUUGGUGAAGCGUCGUGCUCAGUUCUGUGUAGAAAUGUUCAGAAAACGCUGUGCUGUGCUGCUUAGUGUUCAGACUUGCUGUAGCCCUCUCAGAUCUGGGGGAGGGGGGGUUGUCACUGUGAUUAGUUUAGCGGGGGGGGGGAUCUUUGCAUUCCUUUUUAAGCUGUUCCAACUAACACAGUAGACAUGUUGAUUCGGUGGGUCUCCUUAGAUAUUUUUGCCAUCCUGUUACCAUGGCAUUCAGCCUGUAGACCACGGGUGUCAAACUCCAGUCCUGGGGGGCCGGAGCCCUGCACAUUUUUGGGUUUCCCCUCAUUUAACACACCUGAUUCAGCUCCUUGUGCUAAUUACCACACAGCUCUUGAACGGAAUCAUUU